AUGUAUGGAGCCCUUAUGUGGAAAAUGCUCAGAAGAGCAUGCGCAACUGAAGAAAAUGUCAGGAAGAAAGGAUUUAAUAUAGUAUCCAAAUGCUACUUAUAUGGGAAUGGUCAAGACAAUAUGGAGCACAUUAUAUGGGAGUGUUCAUUCAGUAUGGAAAUUUGGAACUGGAUUGGAGGUAUGUUUAAUCUUACUACUCCUACAAAGUUUGAUGAAGUUAUUGCAUUUGUUAAAAAACAUAGUUCUGCCAUUAGACAGAUAUGGUAUAUCAGUGCAUUCUCUGUAAUGGUGGAACUGUGGAUGACAAGAAACUUGAGAAUGUAUGAGAAUAUUAAUCCUAAUGCUGAAAAGUUCAAACACAAGAUCUUAAGUUUCACAAAGGAAUGUGGAAUAAGAGUUAAUAGAACCAUGAAAAAUUGUAUGAAUGAUCUAAAUAUCAUAGUAGGAUUUGGAAUUAAGGGGAUCAAAAGCAAAUGUUCUACUGUGAAGGAAGUAUUUUUUAAACUGCCUCAGAUGAACCAAAUUUUAAUAUGUUGUGAUGGUGCUGCCAAAGAAAACCCAGGAGAUGCAGGUAUUGGUUUUGUUGGUAGAAAAAGUGAUGGAUCAUGCUUGGGUGCAGGAAGUGGCGGUUUGGGAAUUACCACAAACUAUAUUAAAGAGGUUAUGACACUGAUUAUAGAAGGGGAAUGUGCAGUGAGUAAACACUUCAUAGAUGUAUGCUUUAGUUUGGAUUCAAAAACAGUUAUACUGGCAUUUAUUAGUGGUAGAAUCCCUUGGAUAGUCAAGAACAAAUGGAAGAAUAUAACUAGUAUUUUGAGAAGCAUAACAUUCAGACAUUCUUACAGGAAGUCAACUUCUCAGCUGACCAGUUAG